UGAAGACCACCUCCAAACCCACCACAGAACUGCAGCUGUCCGUCCUACAGCAUCACCUCCACAGAAACUCCUGGGCCCAUGAGCACACGUGCAGCUCCACUGUCUCCACCUGAGGAUUAUACACCAAAACCAAGCACCACAGACUAGCCUGGCUUACUUAAAUUGAUAUAAACACUUGUUGAAGGACACCAAGAGGACUGUGAAGACAGGCUGAAGUCAGUGUGGAGAUAUUUUGAGGCGAAUCUGACAGCGAGCAGCCCUCCAGCAUGCAGGUGAUAACAUGCGCGUUGUUUACGCUCGUCACUCUGCCUGUGAGCAGCGUGUCGGAGGCUGACUCCUGCCCUGCUGUCUGCGAGUGCUCUGAGUGGAAGACUCACACAAUCUCCUGCUUUGACAUUGAUAUUCUCCCCAGGUUUCCAGCAAGCACCGAGACACUAUGGCUUUUUGAGACCCGCCUGUCAUCCGUGCCAGCAGACAUCUUUGCCAACAUGGUCAACAUCUCAAGGAUAUACAUAUAUGUGGACAUGACGCUGCAGAAGCUGGAGAGGCACUCGUUCCACAGCCUGAGGAAAAUCACCCACAUAGAGAUACGUAAUGCAAAAAGUCUGACCUACAUUGACCCUGAAGCCUUCAAAAAUCUUCCAAACCUCAAAUACCUGGGAAUUUUCAAUACGGGCCUUUCUUUCUUCCCUGACUUGACGAGCAUCCACUCUAAUGACAUGAACUUCAUACUGGAGAUUGCUGAUCAUCCCUACAUCACCGAGAUCCCUGCCAACUCAUUCCGUGGCAUCACUAGCGAGGUGCUGACAGUAAUGCUGUACGGAAAUGGAUUCAGAGAAGUUCAACAUCAUGCCUUCAAUGGGACCAAGCUAGAUCAAGUAGACCUUCACAGGAAUAAGUAUCUUACCAAGUUGGAUGAAAGGGCUUUUGCAGGAAAAAUCAGCGGCCCCAUGCUUCUAGACGUUUCCCAAACAGGGAUCACCUCCUUGCCGACCACAGGUAUGGAUUCUCUCCGGACACUGAAGGCACACAAUGCCUGGGCCCUCAAGAAACUGCCACCCAUCAAAACCUUCAAACACCUCACCACCGCCAACCUCACCUAUCCCAGCCACUGCUGCGGCUUCAAAAACCUCAAAAAGAAACGAGGCUAUGUGGAGUACAUCCUCUGUAACCUGACGGCGUUCUACGAGCAGCAUCACAAGCGCUCUGUGGGGCCCCUUGGCAUGCCUUCCCUCCAAGGGGACGGUGUGGUGGAAACAAUGCCAGACCAGGAGCCAAAUGAUGGAAGCCACAAAGAGUCCCAGCAAGACUGGAGGAGAGGUGACUUCCAUGGCAGCCUCCACUAUCACGCCUACUUUGGGGGCCGGCCAGAUGAGGAUGUGGGUUUCGGAGAGACCCUCAAGAACCCCCAGGAGGACACCAGCCAAGACUUUGACAGUCGUUACGAUUAUGUGGUGUGUGAGGAGGGAGAAGAGGUGACGUGUGCACCAGUGCCCGAUGAGUUCAAUCCUUGUGAGGACAUAAUGGGUUUUGGCUUCCUGCGAGUGUCUGUGUGGUUUGUGAGUCUGCUGGCUGUUGUGGGGAAUGUGGUGGUGCUCCUGGUGCUGCUCACCAGCCACUACAAGCUCUCAGUCUCCCGCUUCCUCAUGUGCCACCUGGCCUUUGCAGAUCUGUGCAUGGGGAUUUAUCUGCUGCUCAUCGCCUCCGUAGACCUCCACACACGAUCCGAGUACUUCAACCAUGCCAUAGACUGGCAGACAGGGCCUGGCUGUGGACUUGCAGGGUUUUUUACGGUCUUCGCAAGCGAGCUUUCCGUCUACACCUUGACGGUGAUCACUCUCGAGAGGUGGUACGCUAUCACCUUUGCUAUGCGGCUGGAUCGAAAGCUGCAUCUGCACCAUGCUGCAGCCGUGAUGCUAGGCGGUUGGAUCUUCUGCCUCCUAUUGGCCCUGCUCCCAUUGGUUGGGGUGAGCAGUUACCAGAAGGUCAGCAUCUGUCUCCCAAUGGACACCCAGUCCACAGUGGCUCAGGUCUACAUCUUGUCAGUGCUGGUCCUCAACAUCCUGGCCUUUCUUGUUAUCUGUGCUUGCUACUUCAAGAUCUACUGCGCAGUGCACAACCCACAUUACCGUUCUGGAUCCAAGGAUACCAACAUCGCCAAGCGCAUGGCUGUCCUAAUCUUUACUGACUUCUUGUGUAUGGCGCCAAUCUCCUUCUAUGCCAUGUCAGCCGUGCUGGACCGGCCGCUCAUCACAGUCUCCAACUCCAAGAUUUUAUUGGUGCUCUUCUACCCACUCAAUUCCUGUGCCAACCCAUUCUUGUACGCCAUCUUCACUAAGGCCUUCAGGGGGGACGUAUUCAUCCUCCUCAGUAAGGUCGGACUCUGUCAGCAGCGAGCGCAGCUGUUCAGAGGCCAGACGGUGUCCUCAAAGGGCAGCAGUGGGACAUCUCAGGUCCGUAGAGACAAGGAUAAGGCUAGGAAAGGUGGAAGCAGAGGCCAGGAAGAUGUGCCCAUCCACCUGAAGAAGUGCUCUGGACAUACCUACCAUCCAGCAAUCUGCCAGCAGACAAGCCCUGAAGAGAGCCAGAGCCUGAACACGUGAGCAAAACACCAGCUUGAGAUAGUAAAGCAAGAUAGUUUCAGGUGGGAGCGGAGAGGCCUUGAAGUGUUUGUGGACAGAUCUGUUUGGAUAUUUAACAGAAAGCUCCAGUAUUCUGUAUCUGCUUCAGUUUUCAGGCCAAGUUCAGCUGUUUUCACAAUUUCGGCUGUGAUGAUUUUAUGGUUCCAGUUGUUGGAGAAUAUCAAGUGUCAAUGAAAUAUGAGCCCGACUUCAUCUCACUUAUAGUCCUUUGUGUUUGGAGGGAAAAGCUAGAAAAGAACAGAGAUUAUUUUAAGGGAAAAUAAAAAGAUAAAAACUUACAAAAUACAUUUAUAACUACGGAUAGAA